CGCCGGGAGGAGCGGCAUGGACGAGGCCGGGGCCUGCGGGGCCAACAGGGCCAAGCAGCAGCAGCAGCAGCAGCAGCAGCAGCAGCAGCAGCAGCAGAUGCAGCAGCAGCAGCAGCAGCAGCAACAACCGACGCCGAAGAGCCGCGAGUUGUUCCGAAACCAGCGCAGGGAGUCGGAGGGCUCCGUGGACUGUCCCAAUCUGGAGUUCGAGUACGGGGACGCCGACGGCCAUGCAGCCGAGUUGUCAGAACUGUACAGCUACACCGAGAACCCGGAGUUCACCACAAACAGGCAGUGCUUUGAAGAGGACUUCAGAACGCAAGUACAGGGCAAGGGCUGGCUGGAUCUGGGGGAGUCGCAGCAGAAGGCUUACGUGAUGCGGCUCCUGGAUGGGCUGGAGGUGGUCCACCGGGACCGGAGGCUGAAGGUGGCUCGUGCCAUCCUCUACCUGGCCCAGGGUUCCUUUGGAGAGUGCGACUCUGAGGCCGACGUGCUGCUCUGGUCUCGGUACAACUGCUUUCUGCUCUACCAGAUGGGGGCCUUUUCUGCCUUCCUGGAACUGCUCAACAUGGAGAUCGACAACAGCCAGGCUUGCAGCAGCGCCCUGAGGAAGCCGGCCAUCUCACUAGCGGACAGCACCGAGCUCCGGGUGCUGCUGAGCGUCAUGUACCUGCUGGUGGAGAACAUCCGCCGUGAGCUGGAGACCGACCCCAGCCGGUGGAGGGCCACGCGGGAGACCUUUCGCGCUGAGCUGAGCCUCCCUGUGCACAGUGAGGAGCCGUUUGCCCUCCUGCUGUUCUCCAUGAUCACCAAGUUCUGCAGUGGCCUCGCCCCGCACUUCCCCAUGAGGAAGGUCUUGCUCCUGCUCUGGAAGGUGGUCACUUUCACGCUGGGUGGGUUUGAGGUCCUGCAGACUCUGAAGGUCCGGAAACGGGAAGAGCUGGGUCUGCCCCCGCUGGCGGAGGACAGCAUCCAGGUGGUGCGGCGCAUGCGGGCCGCCUCCCCGCCCUCCUACACCCUCGACCUGGGCGAGUCGCAGAUGGCACCCUCGUCCAAGCAGCGCGGGCACCGCAGCCGCAGACAGCCCCUCAUGAAGCAGGACAGCCUGGACAUCUACAAUGAGCGAGACCCCUUCAAGAACGAGGAGACCCCACCAGAAGAGGAGGAGGAUGGGGAGGGGGAGAACACCCUGGAUGGAGACCCAGACCCGCUGGAGCGAGACCCUCUGCUUCCACCUCUGCCCGCCCCACCUCCACCCGCCGAGCGGGUGGCCUUCCCCAAGGGGCUGCCCUGGGCCCCCAAGGUCAGGCAGAAGGACAUUGAACAUUUUCUGGAGAUGAGCAGAAACAAAUUCAUCGGCUUCACCCUGGGCCAGGACACAGACACGUUGGUGGGGCUGCCUCGGCCCAUCCACGAGAGCGUGAAGACUCUGAAGCAGCACAAGUAUGUCUCCAUCUCUGAUGUGCAGAUCAAGAAUGAAGAGGCUCUGGAGAAAUGCCCCAUGUCCCUGGGAGAAGAGAAAGUGCCAGAGACGCCAUGUGAGGUCCUGUACCAGGCCAUGCUCCACAGCCUUCCCCAGUACAUGAUUGCUCUGCUCAAGAUCCUUCUGGCUGCAGCCCCCACCUCCAAGGCUAAGACGGAUUCCAUCAAUAUCCUGGCUGACGUCCUGCCUGAGGAGAUGCCCAUCACAGUUCUUCAGAGCAUGAAGCUGGGCAUUGACGUUAACAGGCACAAGGAGAUCAUCGUGAAAAGCAUUUCUGCUCUGCUCCUGCUGCUGCUCAAGCACUUCAAGUUGAACCACAUCUAUCAGUUUGAAUAUGUAUCUCAACAUUUGGUGUUUGCCAACUGCAUCCCAUUGAUCCUGAAGUUCUUCAACCAAAACAUUCUGUCCUACAUCACCUCCAAGAACAGCAUCUCUGUCCUGGAUUAUCCCUACUGCAUUGUCCAAGAUCUGCCUGAGCUCACUGCUGAAAGCCUGGAAACUGGAGAAAACAACCAGUUCUGCUGGAGGAAUCUUUUUUCCUGUAUCAAUUUACUGAGGGUACUCAACAAGUUGACUAAAUGGAAGCAUUCCAGGACUAUGAUGCUAGUCGUGUUUAAGUCGGCACCAAUCCUGAAACGGGCACUGAAGGUCAAACAGGCCAUGAUGCAAUUGUAUGUCCUGAAAUUGCUGAAGAUCCAGACCAAAUAUCUGGGGCGACAGUGGAGAAAAAGCAAUAUGAAGACCAUGUCUGCCAUUUAUCAGAAAGUACGGCACCGUAUGAAUGAUGACUGGGCUUAUGGAAAUGACAUUGAUGCCAGGCCAUGGGAUUUUCAAGCAGAGGAGUGUACCCUGAGGGCCAACAUUGAAGCCUUUAACAGUCGGCGGUACGAUAGGCCCCAGGACUCUGAGUUUACACCCGUGGACAACUGCUUGCAAAGUGUGCUGGGCCAGAAUUUGGAACUUCCUGAGGACUUCCAUUAUUCCUAUGAACUCUGGCUGGAGAGGGAGGUGUUUUCCCAGCCUAUUUGCUGGGAGGAGCUACUGCAGAACCAAUAACCAGGCUCUUCCAGUGCCUCCAAAGUGCUGAAUGCCAUGGACAGGUUGUGCUUGGAAAAAGUAACCUUCCUCCCCAGCCCUGGAGACUGACUUUGUUCUGACCCAGUCCAGGCACGUGGCAGGGCCUGGCCCAGCCCAGAUCCAGUCUGGGGGAUUAGGGGCAGUUCUGGGGCUAAUCCCGGGGUUUAAUAAUAAUAAUUAUAAUAAUGAUGAUGAUGAUGGCAUUUGUUAAGUGCUUACUAUGUGCUGAGCACUAUUCUAAGCACUAGUUCUUCUUCAGAACUGAUUUAAAUUGACCUUGGGGCUUGGACCAAAGUUGACUCUCCUAUUCUCUACUGUGUUUCACCUGCCCUUGAGGAGAACUGAAUUCCCAGAUCAACCCCAGGAAUGAACCAGCCUCUCAGGGAUCCUCUAGCAAGUUACUCUGGAAAGAAGCGGUCUUCUCCUGAGUCCACUGAUGGACUCUACUCCAUCCAAAUUCCUGAUAGACUUGGCCGGAAUCAGAUCGGCCUCCAGGUGGUGGAAAAAAUUUGCUGGAGCUUUUUUGCUCAGUGGCAACCACCCUGCUGGGAAACCUCUAGUCCUCCUCAUUUCAACCAGGCAGUGACUCCAGGAUGGGGAGGGAGGAUUCAGAGGCAACAAAUAUCUUACUGUUCAACCCAGGAUCCCUUGGGCUUACCUUUGGGCUUUGCAAAAACAGCUUGGAAAUGAGACCCUAAUUUGAACAGGUGACAACUCAGAAUCACUGAUUUUAAAUGGAACCGCCAAGAAGCUCUGAAUUAAUCUGAGACCUUUUUUUUCCAGCUUCAAUUUUCAUUUGAAGAAUGAAUCUACUGUUUUAUAAAAACAGGGGCCCUCCCCUGUGAAAAUGUGGCAUUAUUCAACCACCCGUGCAUGUUAGAGAAAGAUGCAGUGUUUAGGAUGUAUUCUUCACACUGUCUUGCUUGAUUUGUUUCCGAUCCUUGUCCUCUUUUGAGAAGAGGGAUUUCCUGGGGUGUUAUGAGAAAUAAUAGCAUAUGUGAAAAUCCAGAUUUCCUCGGAGUGUUACAAAAUCAAGGAACAGCUCCAAUCCUGGAAUGACUGAGCAGAAAAUAACCCUUUUUACCCAAUUCACGUUUAAAUUGAGAAGUUGACUCCCAGAGAUAUUAUUUAUUGUGAGAAUGUCUUCUGUGUUCCCGUUCUAUUUAUUUUUUAAUUGAAUGGAACAAGAAUGUAGAUCCGCAUUUUUCUCCUUUCUGGAUUAAUGAUUUUUCCUUCUAUCUCGAUCAUUUGGGAGUGUCAUGUGGAGUUUGAGAAACACUGUUUCUGCCUACAAUCAUUGUAGGCUUCUGAUAAUGUAAGUGUUGGUGUGCAAACAUUUUAAUGCUCCCCUGAGCUCCAAUAGAACUAUUGACUUCAUAACAGAGUGAGGGUUGAGCUACCUUGAGCCGUUUGGCUUCUCUACUUACCUUCUCCUUCUCUUCCAAACCAUAUGCCAUCCUCUUGUCGUCCUAAUCCAUUGCUUUUCUUCCUUUCCAAUAUCCCCCUAAUCCCCUUCCUCCUUUGUGGUGGCGCCAGCCAGCAUUCAUUACGGGUGCCAAAAGGAGCAUUCAGAGCCCCCGUGGGCAUCACCACUCCAUUCUGCACCUGAAUACCUACAACCCCCAUUUUCUAGUCAUGGCAAAAUGGAUGCUGCACCAUGAAGAAGGAAUGCUAUUCUUUUGAAGAGAAAAGAGCAAGGGAAUUUGGAUGUUUGCUUUUGUGAUCUUUAAGCCAGUGGGAAUUCAGCUCACAGAAAGGCAGUAGCAAAAGUGAAUGUUUUGUAUAGAUAAAGCAUCAAAUGACCAGGUUUUUUGCAGAAUUUAUGAUCACACCUAAGGUGGUCAAAAGAAUUGGUUGUGCUCAGGAUUGGAUUGAAUUGGACCAGCAGUGCUUCUCAUGAAACUUGUUUAAAAAGACAAUUUUGGAGAAAAUAAGGGAUAAAUCUAUUUACUUAAUGCUUACUUUUGUCUCAAAAAUGAACGGUUCACCUCUUCAAGUGCAUGUGCAUGCCCCUAGCAUAUAGGAUAAUGAGCAGUGUUAGUAUUUAAUAUGCUCUGAUUUUUAUUAACUAUUUUUAAUAAUUCUCUCCUGGUCAAUUUAUUCUCAUCGUGUAGAUAAGGGAAACAACACAAUCAAAAUCACAAAGCAAGUGCUUGGCAGGACUGGGGAGAAGAACUCAGGGGUUUUGCCUUCCAAACCAGUGCUUCAUUCUAAAAACUCAUUAAAGAGAAUCAGAAUGUCUGUGCAGUCCUACAAGCAGCUGUGAUGGAUCUUCCAGUUUGAGAAGUCACUGACAUGACCAGAAAUAGAAACAGACUCCCCUGCCUUUAAUAAGUGGUAUUCUCCAAUGAAGUGACUUUGGUUAAUUGACUUGGUAAUUUCCACUGUUGAAGAUGUAUGUCCCAUUUGUAUUAAACACUAUUGAUUCAAACUGUA